UACAAUGUGAUUUUAGAAUUUGAGCUACACUGAUCGGUAUCUGCUGAAUCUUGAAGUGACAUAAAGGCCAUGUACAAUAACUGUCCUAAAUGUCUACCCAUGUGUGAAUUGCGUGAGCUAUUGUUUUCCUCGAGACUGGUUCCUGCUGUCCUCUAUUGUCUACUGUUACAUGUCUACAAAAUCUGACACCCUCCUGUAUUCAUUGAGACGACACCAAUCUGCGAUUGUCGGUUAGCGGGCAUUACAUUGCAAGAUACCUUGAUCACGUUGAUUGCCUGAGGCUGCUCAUUCAUAGGAUCAACAUGCCUUACAAGAACAGUGAUAAGAGAAAGGAGAAGUCCCGAGAUGCGGCCAGAUGUCGUCGCAGCAAGGAGACAGAGGUGUUUUACGAGUUGGCCCAAAAUCUGCCGUUGCCGAGCAGUGUCAGCACCCAACUUGACAAGGCCUCCAUCAUGAGGCUGACCAUCAGCUUCCUGAAGAUCUGCAAGAUUAGAGAGGAGAAAAAGUGGCACGAUGAUGAAGAGCAGUGUGAGGAUGGUGAAAUUGAGAAGCGUCUUCAUCAGAUGUACCCAAAAGCCUUGGAGGGAUUCGUCCUCAUCCUCUCUCGGGAAGCCGAUAUCGUAUACCUGUCUGAAAACACAGCCAAGUAUCUCGGCAUCCAACAGAUUGAACUGAUGGGACAGAGUAUUUUCGACUUCACUCACCCGUGUGACCAUGACGAGAUCCGUGACAUGAUGUCAGACCGCCCCCACGGCGCCAAGGCCGUGUCUGAGGAGCGCACGCUCUUCAUCCGCAUGAAGUGCACGCUUACCAGCAAGGGCAAGAGCGUCAACCUCAAGUCUGCAACAUACAAGGUGAUCAAGUGCACAGGGAGGCUGGUCGUAGCCAAGAUGAAGAGCAAGAAGGAGGCUGACGAUGCCUCCAUGUACCCCUACCUGCUGGCUGUUGGGGAGCCCAUCCCCCACCCUGCCAACAUCGAGGUCCCCCUUGACAGCAGCACAUUUCUCAGCAAACACAACAUGAACAUGACCUUCACCUACUGUGAUGACAGAAUCCAGGACCUGAUUGGCUACAACAGUGAGAAUCUGAUUGGUCGAUCCCUCUACAACUACCACCAUGCACUAGACAGUGAAGUGGUGGAGAAAGCUUUCAAAGAUCUGUUUGCCAAAGGACAAACUAUGACCGGUCAGUAUCGGUUCCUCGCCAAGAAUGGAGGCUACACAUGGGUGAUCACACAAGGCACUAUCAUCCACAACAACCGCACGCAGAAGCCCCAGUGGGUCGUGUGUGUCCACUAUGUCCUCAGUGCCGUUCAAGAGAAGAACAUGAUUUUGUCUGACGUUCAGCAGCAAACAGCGGAUGACCUCUUGUCCUUCAAGAUGGAGCAGAGCACAGACAAGAUAUUCGGACCCAGGACAAAGGACAUGGAGCAGAACUACUUUGUUCCUGAGGAACUCAAGAACAACAUAACAUUGGUGAACAAUGAGCCUGCCGAUCUGUCCUACUUGGCCCCUACAGCUGGAGAUGGGUGUGUCCAACUUGGCUUCCCUAUCUACUCCCAGGUUGCUGAUUUCGCAUGCAUGGACAAAGACCUUCCCCCUCCAAUGUGCAAGGAAGAACCUGAUCCUGGACCCAGAGACGUUCACCGCAGUCAGGAGUUGUACAGCAACAACCCCUCACCUGCCUCCCUCUCACCCAGGAUUCAGAGCCCUGAUGAGUACCAGACCAUCGCCAGCCCCACUGAUGUCGACCUCAUGGAUAAAUUCUUCUCAACGAUGGACGCCACACAGAAGUCAGGCUCUGACAGUGACAUGGAGGACGUGGACCUGAACAUGAGAGCCCCGUACAUCCCCAUGAACGCCGACGAGGACUUCAGCCUCGUACCUCCCAGCACAGACUCACUCUUCACACUGCAGAGUGACUUCAACCCAGGACUUUUCGGCCGGACUGAGUCCGUGUUCAUGGACAAGAAUGCUUUCGAGAUCCCCCGCUGCCCCAUGCAACCGAGUGUUCGAGACAUGAUCGGAGGGAGUACUGUGGUAGCAAGCAUAAAGCAGCCGCCUGACACCAUGUUACUGCAAGUCAAACGACCUCUGGACAUGAAUAGCCUUGAAAAAGGGCCUCCUGUUGCAAAAGCAGUAAAGCGGAAUGAUCCGAGACCCUUGCUUGGAGUCAUGCCCACUCCAAGCAGGCAAUUCCAAACGCUGUUGCUGCCGCCUCCGCCCAUGAGGUCCAUGAUACCGGGCAAAAGCUGUCGCUUCAGCGUAAAUCCAUUUUGUCUUCCAGAAGGUUUGCCCACCAAGGAAAGCGUAUUACUUAAUUUAUUACUCACCGGUGAAGACCGUAACCAUGGUUACAAAGUCAACUCAACUCUCCAACGAAUGCGUGGGUUGAAACAUGAUACCUUGUUCACGGACUUGACUCGCCAAGACUGUGAAGUGAACGCCCCCGUGCAAUCUCAACGUCUUCUGCAAGGCGAGGAUCUGCGACAAGCCCUUGAUGCGGACUGUCGGCUCAACAAGCGCAACCUGGCGGCCGUCAUGUAGUCAAGUGGCAACCUCGACCUCUACGAGGUGGGAACACGACUUAGACACGGGGAAGCAACUUGCCCCCGAUUGUGCAGCUUCUGGUUAGCACUGAUCUGCACGCUUGUAGGAUAGUACGAUAGACUGCCCCGGGGCAGACUUCUUGGAUAAAUGAGAUUUGAUUAUCUUCCCUAGCCAGUGUAAACAGGCACUAAUAUUGGUUUACUUAUUCUUGAUGGUUUCCUGUGUAAUCAUGUCAUGUGUUUUAUUGGUAUUUUGCUGCAGACACUUUCGCUAUAUAGGAAAGUGUUCUUGUUCAUUGGACUGCAGAGUGGAUUUGUUUCAACAAGAGGUUUAAUCUCUUGACUUUCUUUUUUGCUUCACAGAAUCAUUAUUUCGCUUUCAUUAUGACCAUGGAUGGGUCAUUUCGUGCACAAAGAAAUUUUUUGUCGUCUUUUUGCAUCAGCGACAGUUGAUGUGAGAUAGGUGAAGAGGAAUUCUUUUCCAAAUAAAUUGGACAGACGGUCCAUGAACAUUUGGGACAUCGUCCAUUCUAUUGUCCAUCCAUCAUCCACAACCUUUUUAUGUUUUAUACUUAAUUUCCAAGACCUCCGGUUAACAGAUAAAUGUUUUUUAACAGAAAAACGAUUAAAAUUCAGAAUUAAAUUAUUUGCUUUGUUUUGUAAAAUUGUGUUCAGCUUCUUUACAUUUUAAGCCCAGUAAGACGUGAAAUAACAUAGGGCAGUUUAUCUUAAGAAAUGUACACUAAAGUCGAACUUUACAAAUAUUCAGACAGCCUUGUGAUGUGUUUUAUGUAAUGUGUGCUGUCUUGUUUGUAAAUGAUAUGACAGCCUUUGAAAUUCACACGUCUGCUAGCCGAGACUGUAUGGUGCCGAGGACAAGUGAACCUCCAAUGAUGGUAGCCCUCGUUGGUGUAUCAUUGCAUCAAUUUUUCAAAUCAUUGAAACUGAAUAAAACUGAUUGAAAAUGUAAAAAUAUUAAACAUUUUCGUCUCGAUCUAGCAGGACUAGCUACAAUCUCAGAGGACUAGUGAAAUAAAGUUUCCUCUGGACAAGUUUUAAAAAAUCCAAUUUCUGAGGAUGACUGACAUUUAAUUGUUUCUGCUGAUAGACUGUUUUCAUAGCUGACCAGGACGCUGUUCCACAAAGGGAUCUUGUCUAUUUUGAAUAGACUUAUAGGAGAGGAUCGUCUUAGCACUAAUAUAGUUUGGUGAACCAACAAUGCGGUUUAAUCAUUACAACUGUCUUAAGUUGAUGUUAAAUUAAAGUGUAGAGUAACGAUCGCCUGAGUGCUAAGAUCACUUUGCGGAACGGGGUCCAGCAUUGUGGUUCUGGAUAUGUAUAGAGCAUGUUGAUGUGCUUUAAAAAGAAUCUUAAUCACAUAUUUGACCACCAUUGUGCCAUUCUGUGUCUGGUUUGGCGGAUUCAUGUCAAACAGGCAUUAUCGUAUUGUUAUUUGUUGUAUUAUGAAAUAUAUAUAAAUAUUAUACUGAAAAUGUCAAAAAAAAAGAGAAUGAUUCGUAGAACAGAAUGUGGUUUUUAUUGGAGUGUAGUGGGACCAAGCUCACUGCCAGCAUUACCAUGGAAACAACACAUGAUUAAUAUGCCUGAAUUUCACCCAAUCAAAAUGAAGUAUUGGGAGGUGAUACGCAGCUGAUAUAAAAGUUCAUGGAAAACAGCACAAGAAUGACAGAACAGUUCUUCCCUGUAGUUCAAAUCUCAUAUACUUAACUUUGACUUGAUCUAGUCUCAUCUCAUCCCACAUCACAUCAGCGUUGCUGUUAACAAGUUGUUGCUAUGUUCUGUAGUGUAUGCUAUCAAGAAUGUGGCUGAGUCUGUUGGACACAGUGAUUGAUCAUGGAUUAUUCACUCUGAUAUUGGCAAUAUUAUUCUUCAGAUCAUGCUACAGAAUUGAAAAAUUUGUAAUUUUUUAAUGUUUUGAAAAUUCACAUUUUCAUGAUGUUGGUAUUGGAGAGAGUGGAGUAUUUUUUAAUGGACAUGGUUUGAAAUACAACUUAGAUUUGUUACAAUUGUACUUGAAUAUAUGUAAAACAUAGAUUUCUCACAGUUGUUUCAAUUUGGUCAUGUUAAGAAAAGUUUUGAAAUCACUCUCGCAACAGAGAGCUUCACUUAUACUCGCAUAUUUUUAAUAUUCUCCCAUAUUUUUCAGAUGCAUUUUGUUACAAAUAUUUGACACAGUGUGUUAUUAAUGGUAUUAUUAUGAUAGAAAUAAAGUCAUCUUUAUUCCA